AUGGCGCACACUUUCCCUCUUAAUAAAUGUUACCAAAGUGACAAUCUUUUUAUACUUCACAAGUAUGAUCAGCCAGGAGAUCUCACUAUUGCAGGCAUUACUUCUCAGAUCUACGCAUUUUCCAGACUUAUAACCUUUGAAAGACACCCUUCCAGUGAACACUUUGAUACAGUAGUUUAUUUCCUUGCAAGUUGGACCUAUCUGGCCACUUUACAGCUUCUCUCUGCACCAGGGAGAUUUGUUGCUAAUUACAAGUGUGAUGUCAAGAAAAAUCCAAUAGCUGUCAUUGGUGGACCAAACACUGAUGUCUCUCUCUUUAUGGCAAACAUUUUGAGCAUCUACAGGAUCCCACAGCUCGUAUAUGGCUCAGCUCCAGUGAUAAAUCAGAGAAAGUCACAGAGUUUCUUCCAUAAGAUGUUUCCUAAUCCAAAUCUACAAUAUAUGGGGAUGAUCCAUUUGUUGCUGUUUUUUGGGUGGAAAUGGAUUGGGGUGCUUUUUUUAGCAGAUGAUAAUGGAGAGAGUUUUGCACAGAAUAUCCUUCCAAUGUUUUAUGACAGUGGUAUCUGCUCUGAUUUCAAAGAACAAUUUCCAAAAGCAACUUUUUCCAGUGAUAUUGCAAAUAAUGUGGCUGAAUGGUUUGGAACAUCCAAGGUUCUCAUGAGAAGUACAGCCACAGCUGUGAUCAUACAUGGUGAAAUUCACACUAUGAUUUUUCUGCAAAUAUUGCUUCAUAUUUCAGAGUAUGAACAUGAGGCAGUGAAAACACCAAGGAAAGUCUGGAUCUUGACAGCUCAAAUGGAUUUCACAUCUCUCCCUUUUCAAAGAAGCUGGGACAUAAACUUCAUCCAUGGUUCUCUAUCUUUUGUGGUCCACUCCAAGGAGGUCUCAGGAUUCCAGAAGUUCCUUCAGAUGGAAAAGCUGAUUUCAGAAAAAGAAGAUGGGUUUAUCAAGGAGGUCUGGCAAGAAGCAUUUGAAUGUUCUUUCCAUAACUCCAUUGUGGAUGAAGAGAUGCAGAAAUCCUGCACUGGAGAGGAGAAGUUGGAGACUCUUCCUAGAUCAAUGUUUGAAAUAAACAUUUCUGCCCUCAGCUAUUGCAUCUACAAUAGUGUGCAUGCAGUGGCUCAUGCUUUAGCAUCUCUCCGUUCAUCCCAUUUGAGGGACAGAAGAGUACAGAAUAAUGGGAGAUGGAAGCCUUUGGCAUUCUCAGCAUGGCAGCUCCACGGCUACCUGAGAAGUGUCUCAUUUAACAACAGUGCUGGAGAAGAGAUUUCAUUUGACCAAAAUGGGGAACUAGAAGCUGGAUUUGACAUCAUCAAUUGGAUCACCUUCCCAAAUCAAUCCUUUGUUAGAGUCAAACUUGGAGGAAUUCAGCCACAGUUGCCUGCAGCCAAAGCAUUCACUAUUAAUGAAGAUGCCAUUGUUUGGCCCAGGGAGUUUAACCAGUCACAACCCCUCUCUCUGUGUAAUGACAAUUGUCAUCCAGGAUACAGUAAAAGUAAAAUCGAAGGGAAGCCCUUUUGCUGCUAUGAUUGUGUUGCAUGCCCAGAUGGGAAGAUUUCAAAAGGAAUUGAUUCAGAUUACUGUUUUCAAUGUUCAGAAGAUGAACAUCCAAGUAAGGGCAAGGAUGAUUGUGUUCUAAAAAGCAGAAGCUUCUUGUCUUUCGAAGAACCAUUGGGCAUCGGUCUGACUGUUUCUUCUUUAAUUUCUUCUUUCAUCACUCUUGUAGUAUUUGGGAUUUUCCUUAAGCACAGGGACACACCCAUUGUCAAAGCCAACAACCGUGAUCUUACCUAUACUCUUCUUAUCAUUAUUGCACUUUCCUUCCUUUGUGCUUUGAUUUUCAUUGGUCAUCCCAAAAGAUUGACAUGUCUUCUUCGGCAAACAACCUUUGGCAUCAUCUUUACCAUGGCAAUUUCAUGUAUAUUAGCGAAAACCAUUAUUGUGGUUCUUGCUUUCAUGGCCACCAAGCCAGGAUCCAGAAUGAGGAAGUGGGUGGGGAAAAGACUGACCAUUUCCAUUGUUCUUUUCUGUUCUCUUGGUCAAGUGAUCAUUUGUUUUGUAUGGCUAGCAACUUCUCCAUCAUUUCCAGAUGUUGACAAUCACUCUGUGGCUGGAGAAAUUAUAUUAGAAUGCAAUGAAGGGUCCACAACCAUGUUCUACAGUGUGCUGGGCUUUAUGGGGUUCUUGGCUGUUGUGAGCUUCACUGUGGCUUUCCUAGCCAGGAAGUUGCCUGAUAGUUUUAAUGAAGCCAAAUUCAUCACCUUCAGCAUGCUGGUUUUUUGCAGUGUUUGGCUCUCCUUUGUUCCAACUUACUUGAGUACCAAGGGGAAAUACAUGGUGGCUGUGGAAAUUUUCUCCAUCUUGGCCUCAAGCUUUGGAUUACUGGGAUGCAUCUUUCUUCCAAAAGUAUAUAUUAUUUUGUUGAAACCUGAGAUGAACUGCAGAAAGCACCUAAUACGAAGAAAACAAUAA